GAAAGAUACUGGAUCGUGUUGAAGAAACCCACGGACCCCGAGUCCUCCCUCGCGGACACCUUCAAGAACAUCUUCGACUUCUACAUCUGCGCCGCAUCGGCGGUGGACCUCCCCCGCAAUCCCGUUCAGUUGUUCGCCAAGAGCGAGAAGCAGAUGAAGCCGCUGCUCCUGCUCCUCACUCCCCAGCAGAGGGACCUGGUGAAUCGCUCUUCACCGGUCAUUCUCUUGUCUGGUGCUAGCGGAACGGGGAAGACGAUCGUCUUGAAGAGGAGGGCCAUUGAGUUGGCGAAGAAAGACGAAGUAUUGGUGAUCAAUAUCGCUGGAGGACUCCUGACUGAAGAAUUCCGGCGCGACUUCGAGGGGAAGGAAAAGAUCCAUGUGGUUAACGAGAAAGGGGAGGACCUGGAGGCUGACAUCGACAAGUUGAAGAAGUUCCUGGAGGUGAAAGGGAAAGGCAAGCACGUCCUCAUGGACGAAGUUCCCAUCACAUUGGGCUUUCGGGGAGUUCUCUCGCCAGAGGCUCUUUCCAAACACUGGGAGUGGAUUGUGGGAUCACUAAAGACGCAUGUGCUCUCCGUUACUCUUGCCUUUCGGCCAAAUGAUCAGUCUUAUUCCAGGGAUUUCAACCUCCAGGACGUUAAACCUGCC